AUGGCGGAGACCGAUGAUAGAAUUGCAAUUGAAAAAUUCUUCAAUGGCGGAAGAUGCGAAGGAAGGCAGUCAACGGUUCUUCGUUCCUCUCCUGUCGUCGGCAGCAAAGAAGAUCAAGGGGAAGAUCCCCCGGUGCUCAUCUUCGUCGGAUUAAGGAGGAGAAGCACGAUUGGAAUCAGAAAUCGGGAAGCACCUCCAAUGCUUCACCGAUUCGAAGGAGGAGGAGGAAAUUAUCGAUUCCCGGAAGCAAUAUGUUGCUCGUAUUCUUCAAUGGCGGAGACCGAUGAAGAAGAUGAUGUUGAAUCUGGAUUCAUGUAG